AUGCUCCGCCUGACUUUGUGGGCGUUGCUGAGCCUUCUGGCGCUGGCAACGGGGCUGGAGAGGAAAACUGAUUCAGAGCAGGUCUUCUUCGUUGGCAAUAGCUACACAUUCUUCUGGAAUUUGCCUCAAACUGUGCAGGCAAUGGCAAGGAGUCAGAACAGGAGCAUGGAGGUGCAACAGUCUACUGCCAGCGGCGCCAGCUUAGAGCAGCACUGGAAGGGUGAGAAGGGGCUACAAACUGUACAGCGGCUCCGAUCUGACUCGUUCGACUCCCUUGUGCUGCAGGAUCACAGCCUUGCGUCAGUUGAGGCGCCAAAGGAGAUGAUCGAGUAUGGCAGACUCCUGGCCCAAGAGGCCCAGACAAGAAAGGCGAGGGUCUUUGUCUUCAUGACCUGGGCGCGAGCGUUUGAUCCCGGUAUGCAAUCAGCGGUGGAGACACAGUACGAAGCCUUGGCCAAAGACACCGGCGCGGAGGUGAUCCCCGCGGGGCUCGCAUGGCAGCGUGCGCGGGAGCUUCGGGCUGGCUUCCCGCUCUAUGCCUCCGACCAGAGUCAUCCCACACCGCUGGGCGUUUAUCUAUCGGCCUGCGUUUUCUAUGGAGUUCUCACGCGUCGAUCGCCGGUUGGUCUGCCAAGCCGAUUGACAACUCAGGACCUUGAUGGGGAGAAGAUUUAUCUUAAUAUCCAGUCGGAGGAGGACGCGCGCUUUUGCCAGGAAGUUGCGGAGGACGGGCUGCACUCAGGGCUCCUCGCCGCCGAAGAUGCCGUCCAUGACUUGGCAGCAAGUGCCAGCGGCAGGAUGCCCCAAAGCCUGGGAGCAGCGCCGGAAGCGACCUUCAACGCGUACUUGCUCCUGGUGCAGGCGUUUGCGGCACAGGUGCUCCCGGAAGGGGCCGUGACCAGGGCGCAGGCCAUCUGCCUGGCCCUCUACGCCCUCCAACGGCCUUUGCCAGGCCAGCAUUCCCUGGAGCGUCGAGGCCAAGAUUUGUUUCACGACUUCCUACACUUCUGCGUGGACUUCUUUGGAGAGGAUUGUUGUGAGAAGAGGCUGUGCGACCUCUUGGCCAUCGAUGUGAAUGGGUCUGCUUGGCGCCGCCUAGCGGCGGAUUCGGGGUGCGAGCUCUACAUGUACACACCGCCCAAGGGCGACGCUGCAGUGGCAUCAAACAUCGGACGGACCAUUCAAACAGAAGCCGUAGCACAAGGAGCGAAGGAGCUGUACCUCGCUUGA